GCACCUAACCGAAGAUCCACAAGAGCUGAGGGUCAGAUCACUGGCUCCGUCGAUCGCAUCGCAUAAAUAUAUCCUUCCCAGCUGUCUCGUGACGACGGCCCUUUAAUCCUCUUUCUAGAUUUUGUUCCCUGACCUAGUAUCCCCUCCUACUGCUAGGUAGGGCUGUAGGAAAAAGCAACGACGUAAACCAUUGCCGGUCUAAGACCACCCGGAUAAGUUAAGCGACUCAACUUUUGAGUGGUCAUCAUGGCCCCCUCUAUCGAAUCGGUAGUUAGCCAAUGCCAUAAGGCUACGGUGCUUGGCAACAAGAUAUCAAUUCACAUGCUCGAAUAUGUCGGUACCGUCGAAAAGCAUGGGCAUCAGUUCGACGAAUUAGCGCACGACUUCCUAGAGACGUGCCGGAUAAUGUGGUCGCUCGAGGCCGGAUUGACCGAAUUCUCCAGAAGCAAUCAGAGAUUCCCGGUAGAAAUGAUUACGGAGCUCGAGAAGAAGUUUAGGGCUACAAACACGGAUUUUCAGGUGCUAGACCAUAUGCUGACCCGCCUCCUGGAAUACGAAAAGAAGGGCACGAUGGGAAAGAUUCAGAAGGGAUGGCGCAAGAUGUUUGCCGACAACGAUGUCGAGAAAAUGAGGGACAACCUGGCAAAGACUCGAGAGGCACUGAGGAUGAGCUCUCUCGUCUUUCAAUGGUCUCUCGGGGAUGCCAAGAUUGACGAGUCGGUUGGUAUAGGCUAUACGGGCUUGGCUGCCGCGCUCGAACGCAUGGAUAGAGGGAAGACUGUUGCGGGCAUCACGAAACUGAAGUCUCUGAACACCAACAACACCGUCACUCACCAAGUCGACGAAGUCCCGCCCGUUUGGCCGUUACCGCCACAGCCUUUAGCCCAUAGCAAAGGCUCGAUAACGGACCAUUCUUCUACGAAGGAGCACCCCUCUCUUAGGGAUCACUCUUCCCUCGGAAGACGUGAAGAUAAUAUUCAAGGUCAUGGAGUUCAGCUUCUUCCGGAGAUACAACGCGAGCCUUCGUUAUCCAAUUACACAAUCGGUAGCGGUUCUUCUCGUGGCGCGCGAGAGCGCGUGAUGUCGACGGUAGAGACCUUAGAUCGGUCUCUCGCACAUAGUACCGUUGCCUCGGGCUCGGGUCAAAUGACGGAGGUGGAUACCCUAGUAGAAGAGAUGGAUUCGUUCGACCCGUAUAAGGUUAUUCGCUUGAAGGCUGAUCCUCUUACUAUGCCUCGGUGGAGUCCGCGAAAUACAUCCGGCGCCGAUACGCCCGCUAUGAGAGAAUCAUUGAUCUCUGCUGUGGAUACGGGCAACCACAAGUUACUAGAGCAGCUUCUUGACCGAGGUGUCUCCCCCAAUAGUGGCCCCGAUGCCCAUAUCUUAAACCACGCUAUCGCACGCCACGAUGCCGAGGCUGUUCGUCUCCUGUUACUCUUCGGAUCCGACCCCAACGCCGCCGACAACCGGAAUAUUACCCCCUUAUACUUAUCGGUUGAAGAGUCGUUCCGAGAGGCUGCUAUCAUGCUGAUGAAGUACGGCGCGGAUGCCAAUUCCUCAGCAGGACCAGAAAACGAGACACCUUUCGCUAUGUCCGUUCUCGAAGACAAGUUUGAUCUCGCCCGCAUUCUUCUCACUUACGGAGGCGACGUCAACCAUGUCAUGGCAAACGGAGACACCGCGCUAUUAGCAGCAAUUUCCAAGAAGAGAACAAAGAAGAUUAUCGAUAUGCUUCUCGAGUAUGGUUCAGAUGCCAACGUGAAAAACAGAGAGGGUCACACACCGCUUUUCGAAGCCAUCAAUUCCAACCGCCUUGAAAUUGUUACUAGCCUUCUAGAUCACGGAGCGAAUCCCAACCUCCCCGGACCAAAGCAUAUGUUAUGGCCUGCGGUAGGGUCGCCUCGCAUUCUUGAGAUAUUACUUGCUCGUGGCGCCGAUCCCAAGAAAGCCCCUGGAGUUAUGGAAUUGGCAACUUCCAUCAACAAUAAAGAAUCUGUUCGAGUAUUGCUCAAAGCCGGCGUCGAUCCUAACGCCAAAAAGGAUGGUAUCUAUACACCACUUUGCUCAUCUAUUCGAGACAACCGUGCCGACAUCUUUGAGCUGCUUCUUGCCAAUGGCGCAGACCCCAAUACACCCAGCGCUGAAUAUCCCGCUUUCAAGUGUGUGACGCAUUACCGAACCCAAUACCUAGCGCCAUUAGUGGCUGCCGGCGCCGACCUAAACAACCCCAAGGGUAUCCUAGAAACUGCAGUCCAAUGCAAGAACGUCGAGGCUCUUUACUGGUUGCUCGACACCGGAAAAGUUUCGCCCAACGACAAGACCCCCAAGACCGGUGCCACACCCUUGACUACGGCGAUCCGUGAGAACCGCGCUGACUUAGUGGACUUCCUCCUAUCGCGCGGCGCCGAUCCCAACGUUCGAGGAGAGAACUGGCCGGUCUGCAUGGCCGUGCGCCAACCUAUGAUUCUAAAGCGAUUGUUACCUGCAUUGGCGGAACCGCGCGCCUUCAAGGGAGUCAUGGAGAUGGCUGUCGUAGCUAACCAACUGGAAAGCAUUAAGUUGUUAUUGAAGGCUGGUGUGAGCGUAGAGGACCGUAACGGAGGUGUCUUCUCGCCGUUAACAACGGCUAUUCGUGAAGAUCGUAAGGAGAUCGUUCACUACUUAUUAGAGGAGGCCAAUGCUGAUGUCAACGCGCCUGGUGAACAUCUGCCCAUCGUUAAAGCGCUGCGAAGACUACACGGUGCAGACACAGAGAUUGUCGAGUUAUUAUUAAGAUACGGCGCGGACCCGAACAAGAUCUACCGCGGCCACAACGCCUACAUCCAGGCUAUUGAGAAUGGAGACGCUGAAGUGCUCAAGCUCAUGAUAGAUAAGGCCGGUGUCGACCUCAAUGCUAAAGACGAUUCUGGAAUGACGAUAAUCGAGAUCGCCGAGCACCGGGGUUGGGACGAGGGUAAGCAGCUAUUAUUAGCUGCGAAGUCAUUGUAGGGAAAACUGAACCUACUAUUAAAUACCGCUCAUUAAUUACUUUCCCUUUGUCACCAAUACUUCUGAUAUCCAUUGUCUUAUAAGGUUGGUUCAGGUAAAUGUAUGAAUAAACGACGGCCGGUCAUGGCAGAUCUAUCCUCACUUUAAGGGGAUUUAUUUGUCUGCUAUAUGUUGAAGCAUAAAUCAUUUACUGCGAUUUCAACAGCACAUAUGGAUAUCUACAGAGCUAUAGCUUAAUGAUGAAACAUCGUGAAGUUAUUUCGAUCAUGUGCAUGGAAUAAUUCGAGGACGAAACUGCUGAAGCAGAUGAAC